AUGCAAAGUUUUAUUUUGUUUCUGACGUUUUUCUCCGCGUCUUUGCUGAUGGCUUGUGGACACCACCCCACUUGCAACUUCCUUGUGGAGGUGGAGAAAGAUCACACUGAGUGUGUAAAGAGACUCAAGGAGGAAGCGAGACAAGCGGCACACAAAGAAGGAGGCUGCAAAGGCACCUGGGAUAACAUCACGUGCUGGGAACACACCGAGAUUGGCCAGACUGCCACCAUACCUUGUCCGCGCUUCCUCACCACAGUUUUUGGCACCAACGGGAACAUCAGCAGGAAGUGCACUACAUCCGGAUGGUCCGAGGUGUACCCUAACAUAACCAGUGCGUGUGGUUCGAACACUAAUCAGGACAAGCUGGUCUUCUACGUGCUGGUGCAGACAUUGUACACGCUGGGUCACAGCCUGUCCCUUAUCUUUCUCACCACCGGGAGUGCUGUCCUUUGCUUCUUCAGGAAGCUGCACUGCACUAGGAAUUCCAUCCACCUCAACCUUUUCCUGUCUUUCAUUCUGCGGGCGGGCGCUGUGCUGGUGAAGGACCACUUCCUGUUCGGCCAGGCGGCGCACUGCUCUGCGCAGCCCUCGCUGGUGGUGUGUCGCGCCAGCUUGGUGUUGUUGCAGUAUUUCAUCAUGGCCAACUUCUUCUGGCUGCUGGUAGAAGCCUUGUACCUCCACACCGUCCUAGUAGCCAUGUUUUCGCAGAACACACACUUUAUGCUCUACAUGCUCAUCGGAUGGGGAAUCCCAAGCGUCAUCGUGCUCACAUGGAUGCUGAUGAGGAUUUAUCUGGAGGACACAGGGUGCUGGGAGAGGAAUGACAACCCAAUCCCUAACUGGGUCAUCAAUGGACCUAUUGGACUGUCGAUUGUGGUCAAUUUCCUGCUCUUUAUCCGCAUCAUUCGCAUCUUGAUGAAGAAGCUGCAGUGUCCCGAUCUGGGUGGCGGCGAUCACUUGCAAUACAGGCGGUUGGCCAAGUCGACUCUCCUGCUCAUUCCGUUGUUUGGGAUCCACUAUGUGGUUUUUGUGUCGCUGUCGGAAUCCAUAGCCGAAGACUACAAGAUCUUUUUCGACUUGGCCCUCGGAUCUUUCCAGGGUCUGGUGGUUGCCAUCCUCUACUGUUUCCUCAACAGCGAGGUGCAAGGCGAGCUGAAGAGGAAGUGGCGUAGCUUGUGCAUGGACUGCAGCCUGAAGCGAGCUCAACGCUUAAGCAUCACACUCGCCUCCAAGAAAGGUUCUGAACACACAGUUCACUUUCAACGCGCUUCCAGAACUCAGUCCAUCCUCCAGUCUGAGACCACCAUGCUGUGACAGACUUAUUUUGAAGGUUAACGUAACAUCAAUUUGAAAACCUGUAUUGCUAUACGUUGUGGAUUUGUAUGCGAUAAUCUCGGGCUGCCUAACAUUAAAUGUUUCUGAAUCGUUCUGAAAUGUACUAACCC